UGUGCGCGCCAGCCCGCAGGAACAACAGAAACAGCCAACAUGGCGGACGUGGUGAACGUCGGGGUGAACCUGGACGCCUUCUCUCACGCCAUCAGCGGCAUCCAGGCGCUGCGCUCCAGCGUCAGCCGCGUGUUCGAGUCCCUGAAGGAUGGCAUGAAGAACCGGGAGACCCUGGAGGGCCGGGAGAAGCAGUUCAUAGCCGAGUUCCAGGACCACCUGCAGGCGGUCAACAGGGACCUCAAUGAGCUGGAGCGUCUCAGUGGUCUGGUUGGGCGCCCCUCAGAGUCUCAUCCUCUCCAUAACAGCGGUCUGCUCAGUCUGGAUCCGGUUCAGGACAAAACGCCGUUAUACUCUCAGCUGCUGCAGGCCUACAAGUGGUCCAACAAGUUGCAGUAUCAUGCUGGUCUGGCCUCCAGUUUGUUGAAUCAACAGUCACUCAAGCGAUCGGCCAAUCAGAUGGGAGCUUCAGCCAAGAGACGACCCAAAGUCCAGCCCAGUACUCUGGUCCUCCCCCCUCAGUACGUGGAUGAUGUCAUCUCUCGGAUCGGCAGGAUGUUUCCUGAUAUGACCAUCGAGUUGUUCCGACCCAAUGGAACCUCAGCGGUUCUCCUGGUGACCCUGGGGAAGGUGUUGAAGGCGAUCGUGGUGAUGCGUUCGCUGUUCAUCGACAGGACAGUUGUUCGUGGAUUUAACGAGAACGUUUACAGCGAGGACGGAAAGCUGGACAUCUGGACCAAGUCUCAGUACCAGGUGUUCCAGAAGGUAACGGACCACGCCACCACGGCCCUGCUGCACUACCAGCUCCCCCAGAUGCCCGACGUGGUGGUCCGGUCCUUCAUGACGUGGCUGCGGAGCUACAUCAAGCUGUUCCAGUCUUCGUGUCAGCGAUGCGGUCGUUUCCUGCAGGACGGACUUCCUCCAACAUGGAGGGACUUUAGGACCCUGGAGGCUUUCCACGACACCUGUCGCAUGUAAAAAACACUUCCUGUUUGUUUUUGUUUGCAUUUUGUAUAAAGACCUUUUUAAUAAAGUUGGAUUGUCAUUUUU